CAGUGGUUCCAAGUUUAGAUGUCAGCUGUCUAAGAACCACUGGAAUCUAACUAUGCACUCUCAAUUAACACAAUACAUCUGACAGUAGGACUGCAACAAAAACAAGGCAACGAAAAACCAUCAUGUCAAGACUGAACUUGUUUCAUCCGAUGCCACGUGAAUGCCGCAUACCGGUCAAAUACCUGCAGCGACACCUGGAGGCCUUUAGUGUAAGCUGCUCCGCGCUACGUGUCUCCAGACGAUAUCUUUAUCCCCGCUUCCCAUCCGGCUGCAACGGGAGCAGACCAGCGGAAAACAGCGGCUGUCCCCACCCAGCAGCUCGGCUCAGACAUGGGGGAAACCAUCCUGCCACGGCGCAUGUUCCUCUGGAGCAUGGCGGUCAUCUACCUCGCUGCUUUCGUGUCUCUCUAUGUGCAGAUACCAGGUCUGUACGGCAACGAUGGGCUGUUGCCUGCUCGCUGGCAGCUGCGAUACAGUGGCAAGUCUCUCGGGGAGCUGCUGCUGUCCUCUCCCACCCUGCUGUGGCUGGGCCCUCAGCUCGGUGUGGACACGCACACCGCCAUGGAGCUGCUGUGUCUCGUGGGUGCUGCGCUGAGCCUCGCCGCAACGCUGGUGGAGGCUCUCCGAGACAGCGUGGUGUUCUUCUGCCUCUGGGCCUUGUACCUGUCCAUGUACCAGGUGGGCCAGGUUUUUCUCUACUUCCAAUGGGACAACUUGCUUCUGGAGGUGGGGUUCCUCUGUAUCCUUGUUGCCCCGCUGACAUUGAUCAGAGGCUCACGAGGGGUCAGAGAGCACGAUCGUGUGACCUUCUGGCUGCUCCGCUGGUUGCUCUUCCGGCUCAUGUUUGCCUCUGGUGUGGUGAAACUCACGUCUCGUUGUCCCACAUGGUGGGGCCUUACAGCUCUGACGUAUCACUAUGAGACUCAGUGUCUCCCCACCUCGCUGGCCUGGUUCGCUCACCAGUUGCCGGUGUGGUGGCAGAAGCUGAGUGUGGUGGGGACCUUUGUUAUUGAGAUCGCUGUACCGCUGCUUUUCUUCAGCCCAGUGCGCAGACUCCGACUUGGGGCUUUUUACCUGCAGGUGUUGCUUCAAGUGCUCAUCAUUUUGACGGGCAACUACAAUUUCUUCAACCUGCUGACUUUGGCCCUCUGUCUGUCGCUCCUGGACGACCAGCAUGUUCGCUUCUGGCUACGCAAGGCGGACACGAGUAGCAGCAAUGACUCCAAGCUGUGGUCGUGGCUGUGUUACCUGCUGGAGCUCGCAGUCUGGUCUCUCAUGAUCUUCGGGUCAAUUGUAUAUUUUGACCUGAAGCCCAAUGCAACGAAGCACGGUAUCUCCUCCAGGACAGCAUUCACAUACCACCAGUUUAACCAGUUUCUGAAGACGGUCACUAUCCCCACUAUCUGGAUUGCUGUCCUCUCUCUCACCUGGGAGAUGGUCGCAGCCAUGUUCAGGUGUGCGUGUGUCUCUGGUUUCCUGAAGAGGUUUUGGGGAACUGUCCAGUGGACCGUGUUUGCUACUGCCGCCGCUGCUAUGUUCACUAUCAGUCUGGUGCCAUUCACCUACAUCGAGUACGACUCUAAUGCCAGGUUGUGGCCGGGAGUGCGUCGGGCCUAUGACCUGGUGGAUCGCUACCAGCUGGUCAACUCGUACGGCCUGUUCAGAAGGAUGACCGGGGUCGGCGGACGCCCAGAGGUCGUCAUCGAGGGAAGCAACGACGGAGUCUCGUGGACGGAGAUUGAGUUUAUGUAUAAGCCAGGCAACCUAAGUGCACCUCCUGCUGCAGUGACGCCUCACCAGCCCAGGUUGGACUGGCAAAUGUGGUUUGCCGCCCUCGGGGAUCAAACACGGGCUCCGUGGUUCACCAGCCUCAUGUACAGACUGCUGCAGGGCAAAAGAGAUGUGAUAGAGUUGAUCCAGACAGAUGUGUCACGGUAUCCGUUCCACCAGCAGCCUCCUGCCUACCUCCGAGCCCACCGCUACCGAUACUGGUUUACUGAACCAAAGGCUGACGGGUCCUAUCCACAGCGUUGGUGGAGGAGGGUUUAUGAUGAGGAAUUCUAUCCCACAGUGCACCUGGGCAGCACCUUCCUGGAGAGCAUGCUCAAUCAGUAUGGACUCAAGGACAAAUCGCCUCCACGUCGGAUGUCCAACACCACUGUUGCCCAGGCGGUGAGGUGGGUUCGCUCUCAGGCCAGAGGUGUUCCCACUCACAUACUUACCUGGACCCUUAUCGCCUGCAGCGCCACCCUCUGUCUGCUCCAGGUAUUGCAGAACAGGAAAAAACACCCAGAAAGGACCCCACUCAUUCAUGAGGCCGCUGGGAACAGUUACACAGAAAAGGUACCUGAAGGCUCUGCAGACCAUUCUGGGAAGUCUGAUGAACAGCACACCACGGAAGAGGAAGAGGAGGAGGAGGAGGAAGAGGAGGAAAAGGAAGAGGAAGAGGAUGAAGAUGGAGACGGCAGUGAAGAUGAGGUGGAGGAGGGCAAAGGUGAGGAGAAAGACACUGUUGCUGAUGACGAAGAGGACUAGGCACAGGAGGAGGAUGCAGAGCAAGACGGGGAAAAAAGGAUGAACGAAAAACUUUUGAAAAGAUGCAGGUAAUCCCGAAGUAGAAUGUUAUCACUAGCUGCCUUAAUGAAAUAUUACCAAAAAGACCAUGUGUAUAUUUGUAGUUCUUGAUCAGCCAAUUAUGGAAAAAUAAGUUUAUUUAAAUUCUCCCACCUACACAUUACUGCAUCAGCUGUCUAUAUCAGAAAGCAGUCACUUAAUUCAGUAGAUCUUUGCCAGAUGUUUAGGAAUUUUAAAACCUCCUCGGUUUGUUUGGACUUAUGGUGAACAAUCAAUCUAGUCAGCAGAUCAAAUCCCGUUGAAAGAAGAGAGAAAUAUAAAAUAAAAGGCAGCUUCUGUUGCCUAUUCAGAGAGUAAAUGUAUGUUCAUGGUAUUCUUGGUCUCCUGUUUGUGUUGCAUACUGUAGUCCUUGUGUGUGUGUGUGUGUGUGUGUGUGUGUUUUUACAUUAGUCUCUUGCUGUAUGUACUGAACUAACUAAAACAACUCUACUUUCUUUUUCCCCCACAAAUGUCUCUUUUUCUUCUGUUAAUGUUUGAAAUGAAACAUAUCACACACAUUGAUGUAGUAUCUUUUACAUUUUUUUUAUCACAUUAAAGUAAAAUAAUAAAUAAAUGUUUUGUCAUUUCUUCAUCUGAAAUGUGUAACAAUCACAAGUUAUAUCUCUAUGUACAUUUAUUAACUUGAGUUAAAUUAGUAUUAGUAAUGUGUAUACAGGAGACACUACAUCCAGUUUUGUUAUUACUAUUAUGCAACAACACAAGUUAUUGAUUUACUCGGCUUAUGUAAUCACCCUCUGUUCCUAUAUGGUGUUGCUGUUUGUCUGUUUCACCACUUCAGUACUCCAGGACAGUACUUGUCGAUCAGAGACUGGUAAUACGGCUUCAGCGUGUCGACGUCGGGCAUCUCGGUGCUCUUUGAGUACAAGUCAAAUUUGCUGUGGAAAGGAUGGAAGAUGCAGCUUCAGUUUGAAGCGGAGCGCAGUGAUAAUGUAAUGUGAACAUGAGAGAGGAAGAUGCUCACUUAAACUCUUGGACCCAGAGCAGCAUGCGCUGGUCAUUCUCAUUGCACAGGUGCAUGUAGUCUCCGUCGGAGUGCCAGGGGUAGAAUGAAUGGAAGCGAAUCAUGCACAACCCCUAAAGAGAGACGGACAAAGGUGAGAUCCCAAACUGAGCCUGUACAGUAAGCACCACAGGAGAGGAGAGAACACUGCAUACUCAAACAUGGCGUUUUCAAUGUCAUUAUUUACUGACCUGCUCGGGGAUGGAGCAGUUGUUGAACUUCAGAACUCUGUAGAGAUACUCUGAAGACAACAAUGCAAGAGUUUAGGUACAGUAUCGUAGAUAAACAGGCACUUCAAUGGUAAUGCACGUUUUCUUCUUUUAUUAAAAGUUGUCGUGCGUUUGUGUGUGGCUCAAUGUGAGGACGUCUCUUACCGUCAUGGCCCCAGGACAUGAGGACUUUGUCGAGCCCGCAAUUUGGUUCAUAGAUCCCGUAUUCAGUGCUAAG